AUGGCGAAAAUCGAUGUGCACCACCAUUUCUAUCCUCCGGCCAUGCGUCAAGCUAUGGAUCGCGCAGGAGAUAAGGACAUCGCACGAGAGAUGAAGGUGACCACCACCAUUCUCUCCGUCACUGCACCGGGGCCAGAGAUUGAGCCUGAUGCUGCUAAAGCUGUCGAUCUGGCACGCAACUGCAAUGAAUAUGCUGCCGCCAUUCGGGACGCUCAUCCGAAGCAGUAUGGCUUCUUUGCCACAGUGCCCUCCCUAUUUGAUACGGCAGCCGCCUUGGAGGAAAUUGAGUACGCCUGUACUACCCUUCGUGCGGACGGAGUGACUCUGUACACCCGCUACGGCGAAGGUCCUCAUUAUCUAGGGCAUGCAGCUUUCCGGCCCAUAUGGGCCGAUCUCAGCCGUCGCGGUGCAGUUGUCUUCGUCCACCCGACCCAUCCAGUCAACACGGAGCUCGUCAAUCAAUGGCUCCCGCAGCCAAUGUUUGACUAUCCGCAUGAGACUGGCCGGGCCGCCAUGGAUAUACUAACCAGUGGUAUUUUACAAGACUACCCGGGAUGCAGGAUCAUCCUCUCCCACGGGGGCGGGACUUUGCCGUAUCUUAUCCAUCGGGCGGCUACCAUGCUCCCCUUAAUGCCACGCACGCUCGGACCGUCAACUGAAGAGUUUUUGGAGGCUGCCCGAGCCUUCUACUUCGACACGGCCCUCGCAUCAAACCCGGUCACGUUGAAGGCACUGUUCGAGUUUGCUGCACCUGGCCAUAUCCUCUUCGGUAGUGACUUCCCUAAUGCCCCGCAUGAUGCGAUCCUACGCUUUACGGAGUUUCUGGAGGCGUAUGAACUGCCGGCCGAGACCAAGCGACAGGUAGAUAGCGGGGCGGCAUUGGAGUUGUUUCCACGGCUGAAGGAGAUCCCAGAUCAGGCGAGGCUCUGA